GUUUCUCCAUGUUCAAGGAGAUGAGAACUCAGCAGGUUCAACAAUAUGCCUUGUAUUCCUCAAUUAUGUGGCACCUUGUGCGGAAGCAUCAAUCAUUAGUGGCAUGUGAGCAUUCGGAAUUUCUUGAUUGCCAUCCCCAUCAUUCAUGCUGUUUGUCAUGUGGGAAGCCAAAUUCUUGCAGUGAUAAGACAUUCUUUUUUGUGAUGAACUUUUACUAGAAGCAUAUCAUCAUGUAUUAAUUACUAAUUCAUUUCUAAUCUUGCAUGCUUGGGCUUGUUUUGACCGGGCUCGGAUAUGGAUCUCAUCAGGGACCUUUUUUUCAUGAUGGAAUAAAAGAGUGGAGUUGUUGCAAGAAAAGGAGUCAUGAUUUCAGCUUAUUUCUAGCAAUUCCAGGAUGUAAGACAGGUAAGCACACAACUGAGAAACCAGUACUAGCAAAGCCAGCUCCUCCAAAGAAUCAAGUUCCUGCUCCAGCUUCUGCACCUGAUGCAUCAUCAAAACAAACUUGCUCUAGGUGUCAGCAGGGAUUUUUUUGCUCAGAACAUGGUUCACAAGCCAGAGAAAAGAGUUUGCAAACAGAUUUGCCAGCCCAAAACAACACAGGUGUUCAGGAGGGCUUGGCUGCUCCUGCAAAGAAGAUUGUUGAUAUAAACCAGCCACAAACCUGUGGAAACAAGGGAUGUGGUAUGACUUUCAAAGAAAAGGAUAAUCAUGAUACUGCUUGCAGUUAUCAUCCUGGGCCUGCAGUUUUCCAUGACCGGCUAAGAGGGUGGAAAUGCUGUGACAUUCAUGUGAAGGAGUUCGAUGAAUUCAUGAGUAUACCACCUUGCACCAAGGGAUGGCACAAUGCUGACCCAGCAUCAUAAGCAGCAGACACGGGCUUUCAUACAAGGUGUUUCUUUUCUUACCCAGUUUUCCCAAAUUAUAAUUUAUGGAUUAAUGGUACUGACUAUGUUCUCAUUGAGAUAGAAUCUUCUAUGGUUAUAAACUUGAUUCAUGAGGGUGAGAACUAAACUAUAAAGGCUGUCUUUUCUUCUUCUUGUGUGUUAAAUAUGCGCCAAUAGACUGCUUAUUAUAACUGUAUGAUAUAUCAUUUAUUUAAUGGAAGCGACUCUUUUUCUCUU